GUCUCAUCUGGACAAUUCAUUCACCUAAGAGGGUGUAAAUUGAACAAAACAUCAGUGAGGAGACACGCUUAUCUAAGUAACCCAUUUUUGAGUCCCCUGACCAGCACAUCAUCAAGGAGUGGAGGACAUCAGUUAACCCCGUGACACGAGAGUAGCAGCAGUGCCUCAUGUGGUUUAUCUCACUGAGGUGAAUGUGCCACCCAUCAACUGACUAGCUCAUGAUCUGAGAAAGGAGUCUUAUCUGUUGGCUCGUUACCACAAGUGUGAGGAUUUCGUCUCAUCUGGGAUACAGAUCAUCGAGGACUGGGCCUCACAAGUGGAUUAGCGAAGGAAGUGUUUAAGCUGUUACCUCAAAACGCUGAUGAGCAGCACUUUUUCUCUUUAAACUCACUGUAAGUAUUCUUGGAUCCUAAAGGGAGUAACACAUCAUGGAUGAGUGUGUUGUCUCCUGAGACUGUUAUAAAUGAGAGGACUUCACCUACUGUCUCAUGUGUCACUUCAUUAACCUAACUGGGGCAGGAGCCUCGACUGGAUAGCAUAUUAGCAAGAGAUUUCCCAUAAUGAUCAGUUCACAGGCAACAUCAGCUAAAAGAAAAGUCCUAUCCAUAAGUGGACACUGAAAUGGGCGUCUUAACUGAGGAGUGUCACAGAGAAAAGGACAACUUAACCCAGCAGCUGGGAAGCUUUCUGGAUUCGAUCUCCACCUUUCAUGGCGUGAGGGGUCUCACAGUGAUAAGGGGACACCUCAACCAAGUAAGUUGACACACGGACCCUGUGACAACAUCCACUGUGUGACACACCACCCUCAGGAUUUUUUUCUGUUUUUACUACCUUUAUGGAUGUUUACUUUGAAGACUGGACCACCUCUAUUCCAAAAUGAGUGGUGCUUUGGGUAAUAUCUUCUGAAUGGUAAUUAGCUUCACAGUAACUAGAUAAUAAUCUAUAAAGCACAUUUCUUCAAGAAAGCUGAGACUCAGAAGCAUUCGUCCGUGUCCUUGGCUUGACCUUUUUCGUUGCUUUGUGGACGCCACCCGUCUGCUUCAGCGGAGAUCAUGGGAGGCUGCUGCUGGUCAUGUUCCCUCUGGUGCUUUCGGAAAUGUUCCUUUUGGCUUUCGCCUGAGGAGAAAAGCGUCAUCGAGAUUAACCGGAAUAUCAACAGGAUGCUGAAGGAGCAGAAGAAACAAGAGAGUCAUGGCAUUAAAAUUCUGUUAUUAGGAACUGGUGAGAGCGGGAAGACCACUUUCAUUAAACAGAUGCGCAUCAUCCAUGGAGAUGGGUACUCCAGUGAACAAUGCCAGGCCUUCAAGAAGCUUAUCUACCAGAACAUAUACACUGCCAUGAAAUCCAUGGUCCAGGCAAUGGACACGCUCAAACUUUCCUACAUCCUCCCUGGUAAUGAGGAAAACGCCAGGCGUCUGCUGCAGGUUGAUGUCCCUCAAGUACAGACCUUUGAGCCCCAGGAUGUGGAUGCCAUUCGGAGGCUGUGGAAAGAUCCAGGCAUUAAGUGGUGCUAUAGAAGACGGCAGGAAUACCAUUUGCUGGACUCAACAAAGUACUACUUGACUCAUCUGGAUCGGAUCGGGCAGCCGAACUACAUCCCCACCCCGGACGAUGUUUUGAGGGUCAGAGUGCACACAACUGGGAUCCAGGAAUACUCCUUCACAAUAAAGAAGACAAAUCUCAGGAUUGUUGACGUCGGUGGUCAAAAGUCUGAACGAAAGAAGUGGAUCCACUGCUUUGAGAAUGUAACGUCCCUCAUUUUUCUUGCCUCACUAAGCGAGUAUGACCAAGUCCUCGAGGAAAACAAUCGGGAGAAUCGAAUGAAGGAGAGUCUUGCAUUGUUUUACAGUGUCAUACAUUCUACAUGGUUCAUCCGUGCUUCUAUAAUCCUCUUCCUCAACAAGGAGGACAUUCUUCAGGAGAAGAUUCACACUUCCCAUUUAUGUUCCUAUUUCCCAAAUUUCAAAGGUGAAAAGCAAAAUGCAGAAGAAGCCAAACACUUUAUCUGCAAUAUGUACAAGGACCUCCUGCGUCUGAAGCCCAGAAGAGUGGAAGCCAACCAGACUGCGAGACACAGACAGGUGAAGGAGGAAGAAGAGGUGGAUAUCAGCAAAAAAGACAUUUACUCCCACUUCACCUGUGCCACCGACACUGAGAACAUCACCCAUGUGUUCAACUCCAUCAAGGAUGAUCUGUUGAAACAGUCGCUCAAGGCCUUUGAUAUCUUGUGAGUCUGUAGUGGGCUACAUCACCCUGUCUUAAGGUGAUGACUGGAGUGACCUGUGAGGUUCUGUGGCUACAGUGGUGCUGAGUGCAGGUAGAUGGCCGUGGGGAGUGAGAGGCAACAUCACGACAGGUGGGCACAGUAGAGGCCUGGCAAAUGAACACUGCGCCCUCAUCCACACUGUGUGUGUCAGUCUGGUGUGAAGGUGGUAACGGAUCCUAAUCCUUAAUGAGACAGAUGAUGUAGACCAGAGCUUGAAUGAGUUAUUGAAUUGCUGGACAUGUUCAAAUGGAGGAUUUGUUUGAAUGGCCUUUUGAAGUUAAAAUUUUAUUAGUGUGUUGUCUUAAACAGAAAAAGUAUAUUAAAUAACAUCCAAGAUCAGUCACAAAAAGUAAAUGUCUACAAAAUGCUACAAGCCUGUAAUACCCACAGUGGUCAGUAGAUGGCAGCAGAAAGUUCCAGUGUAGUAUGGUGUGCAGAAAAGACGCUGAAGGAGUUGCUAAGGACAUUCAGACUGGACAGACACGGCACAUUCUCAGCACGAUGUCCGCUUCCU